AUGAAGAUCACUCUUUUCUGGGCCUCCAUCGCCCUCUCAGCCCUACCAAGGGCUCUAGCAGCUACUGAAUCCACAGCGACAACUGCUACGGCCACCACCACCUCUACUUCCACAGCUCAUAGCUGUACGGCUUCUCUCGUCACAAAGCUCUGCGACUACCCAUCACCUGGCGAUGCCUUUGCCGUCGCCGAAGAUAGCAGAGCCUCCUGCUGGGACUACUGUAACGCCCACCCUCCUUGCGACUUCCUUAUCUUCGAUGCCGGAAACCCUUACCUAGGCACCGGCUCAUGCUGGCUAUACCCGGGACAAACCUUCAAUGAGAGCAAAGGUACCACUGGUUGCUCCAAUCCCAAUCUGUCCGUCUACGACAAGCCCGUAUGUGCUAGCCCAACCACUACCGCCACCACCACUGCCAGCGCCUGCACCGCGACCGAGACUCCCACUGCUGUUGCCUCAGUCUGCGGAUACCCAACCCCUGAUGACAACUGCUUUUCUACUUGCAGCGCUAGCUCGGGCGCAGUGGACUGCUUGAGUCAGUGUGUCAAGGCCGGUUUGUGCAACUAUGUCGUCUUCAACCCGCAUAACGACGAUAACUCACAGUAUGCUUCGGGGACUUGCUGGAUGUAUCCGAACGGCACGUACAAUGCUGCGGAUGCCACCACUUGCACUGGCGAUGCUGAGCAAUACGUGUAUAAAAACCCGUGCCCGAAUCUUGACCUCAUGACGAGCUCCGGGUUGGCGCAACUUGCUAGCAGCCUUGUAAUCCCAGGCAAUACUACAAACGCAACUACUAGCGCUACGGCGGCCGCAACUACCACCAGCAAGAAUUCCGCACCCACCGGCCUCUCGCUGUCUGGGCCAUUGGCUAUCGGCGUAGCUUUGUUGAUUGGACAGGCUCUUUGA